ACGGAGUGCGAUGGAGGCGCGGUGGAGAGUGCUGUUGAUAUCGCUGCUGGCGUGUAGCGCUGUCGCGCAAGACGUCGAGAGCGUCUACACGCAACCGCCGGAGGGACUGCUCACCGAACCCAUCACCGUGUGCCCCUUCAACGACACGUGGCCGUGCGUGCCCAAGUGCUGCCACAUGGGCUACUCGCUGGCCAAAUCUUCGGAAGGCUGUCAGCCCUCGAACCUCCCUUUCGACCCGAUAUUCGCCGGCGGAAUCGACGUCGGCCCCAACUGUCUCAACUGCAACCUCAUUGUGGGUGAACCUUGUCCGAACAAGUUCGUGCUGGACGUGGACGAGGACUACCGGCUGUUCGCGAACGGCACCCUGCAGCUGUGGAACGGCGAGCGCCUGGGCCCGGACGACUUCUGCGUGGACGCCUACUGGUCGCCGGAGCGCGGGCUCGCCGUGGCGCUGCCGCUCAUCUGCUUCAGCUCCGAGGACGACGUGAGCGCGGGCGAGCACACCGUCCGCUACGUGCUGUACCCUAUCGGUAAGAGCGCAGGCCUGCUGGUGUCGGUGCCGUUCCUGGUGGCGACGGCGUGGGUGUACCUGUGGUUCCCGGAGCUGCGCGACCUGCACGGCAAGUCGCUGGCCAGCCACGCGCUCUGCCUGGCCGUCGCCUACGUCGCACUGUCCAUCACGCAGCUGGCCGGAGACCGCAUCGUCAGCGGCGCCUGCAUCGCUUUCGCGUUCCUGAUCCAGUUCUCGUUUCUGGCCAGCUUCAGUUGGCUCACCAUCCUCGCCUUAGACACCACGUGGCACGUGAUGAGCGUGAAGAACAGCCGGCAGUACCCGCGAGAGGACGCGGACCAGCGGCGCGUCUUCGUCGGCUACUCGGUGUUCGCGUGGUUCUUCCCACUGCUGUGCCUCGUCAUCACACUGCUCGCAAACAUCCGGCCCAGCGUACCGCCAUCUUUCCUGAAGCCCAACCUCGGCACCAGCAGCUGCUGGUUCAGCAGUAAGGACGCAGAGCUGAACUAUUUCUACGGACCAAUCGGCUUCCUGUUCAUGAUGAACAUCGGCAUGUUCGCGCUGAGCAUAUACAGGAUAUGCACGUACCCACCAGUCUUCAGAAACAGGUCGCCCACAGAGAGGGUGCGCAUGAUCUUGACGCUGUUCGUGUCGAUGGGCAUCAGCUGGACGAUGGAGCUGGUGUCGUGGGCGCUGGGCGGCCCCGUGUACGCGUGGGCGCUGCCGGACCUCAUAAACAUCCUGCAGGGAGUCAUCCUCUUCGUCAUCUUCGUGCUGGAGCCCAGCGUCAAGCAGAUCGUCUUCGCUGGCGCCGGCGCCGGCGGCGACGUCUCCAACGGCCGGCCGCUCGUGCCUCGCUCGCUAGACUCGUCGCGGCUGCAGCCCGUCUGAGGGGAAUCCCCGUGGGCAGCCGCCUAUUCUACUCUACUCUCCCCUCUCCACGACACGACGACCGUCGUGGUUGGCUGGUGGACUACCUGUUCCCAUUUCCAGCUGGAAGAGCUUCGUGUGGUUUCAUCUGCGCUGCUAGGACAGCUACAUCGAUAGCUCGAUCUACAAACUGUUACCUUGCAAAAGUAUUCAUCUCAUGUAGUCACAUUUAUCUUCAAGAGACGGUUUCAAGGAGAUCAUAUUCACUUCGACAAACUGGUGUUCCAUUCUGUUCCGUGUUAUUUUGAAGUUCCAUUUCAAGGCGUAGGAAGUUAGACCUACUUUCUAACUAUUCUAGAAGUGUACGUAUAUAAACAGAGCGGCCACAGGAACAAGUCAUUUAUGUUUCAAAUUUUGACAGGGUUUUGCACUUCCUUCGGAAUAUGUGUAGUGGGCUUUAAGUUCGAGAACCUGAAGUGCGUAGAACAGAUUACUGUCUUCAAGACAGUGCUAUUCACCUAGGGUUACGUUGCCAAAGAAGUCUCCAAUUAUUUGGAAGCUAUAUUUGCUAGUGACAACAAGAAUGCAUUUCUGAAAUGAUAUUGUGCUAUAAAAUACACACACACACACUUUCAGAUUGUAGUUAGUGUGUGUUUGCGCGCGCGCGCGCGCGCGCGUGUGUGUGUGUGUGUGUGUGUGUGUGUGUGUGUGUGUGUGUGUGUGUGUGUGUGUGUGUGUGUGUGUGUGUGUGUGUGUCUAGGAUUUAUUAAUUUAUUUUUCAAUAAAUGUUCGAAGGUCAUGCCUCGUGUCUGGUGUAGAACAGUGUGGUGGUUGUUUCUCUGUACCUGUCGUUCCACGUUACUGCAACCGUGAGAAUACAAAUACCAGAAGCACGUAGCAUAAAACUGGUCUUGUCUCAGGAAGUCCUUCCUUAAAUGCACCGGUGGUACGAAAUCUAUGAUGAUGUGCGCACCAGUUACUAUGUGUCAACAGCAUAAAUACAAUUAUUGCUAGGUUUUCUCUUCAAUACAAAUCACACCCCAGUGAAGAGAGCAUUGUACGUUGCUUCGCUAGACUUAAGUUACUUGUAAUGUACGUGUCUAAAACAGGUUUCCACGAUUUGUGAGCCAUAACAUCUUGACACUAUUCUCACACAUGACUGAGUAUAUACAUAUGUAAUUUAUAGAAAAUAAAGCAGAAUGCCAAAUCAGACUUCUCAUGAAGUUAAAAUACUUUUGUAAAUUAUUUGUUUGUAUGUGUCUACAAGUUAGUGGUACGUAUCAUAUUACUUUCUAAAAUUUACAAACAUUUAGUGAAACAAUUCCAAAACUGAAUCAUAUUUGCUA